AGGAUAAGGAAAAAAGAAAAUAAAAGUCUUUGUGCGUGAAUUUUCUCUCCCUAAAAUCCUCUUCUGCCUCUCUUUCUGUAAUGGAGACGACUCAGUUCUGGUCUGUGAUUCAGUAGUUUAUUUUGGAUUCGAAACUCGUCGAAAACUAAGAAGAAAUUCAUAAAAUUUCAAGUAGAAGCCUUAGCUUAACGAGAUUAGAGAAAGUAAUCGGCGAAGGCUAUUAAUCGGAAAUACGGUGCGUAUAGUGAGAUCUGGUUUGUUGUCGACGUCGAGUUAAUGGAGGAAGACAAAGGAGCGCUUGCGCAGAGCUUGAUCGAUGUGGUGAACGAGAUAAGUUGCGCCUCCGAUUACAGGUGUCCGGUCAAGAAGCAGUACUGCAAUCUGGCAAGGAGGUUGAAGUUGCUGGUGCCAAUGUUCGAGGAGAUUAGAGAAAGUAAGGAGCCGAUCCCUGAGGAGUCUCUUAAGGCUUUGCUUUCGCUGAAGGAUGCGCUGGGCUAUGCUAGGGAGUUACUCAGAUUUGGUAGCGAAGGGAGUAAGAUUUACCUGGUCCUGGAAAGGGAGCAAAUCCUGACUAAAUUUCAUGAGGUAACAGCUCAGUUGGAAGAAGCUUUGAAUAGAAUUUCGUAUGAGAAUCUGGAUAUAUCAGAUGAAGUUAAAGAACAGGUUGACCUUGUUAUUGCCCAGUUCAGAAGAGCGAAAGGAAGGGUCGAUGCUCCCGAUGAUGAACUACAUGAGGAUCUCUUGUCCCUUUACAACAAGAGCAAUGAUACUUCUGCAGAUCCAGCUGUCCUAAAGAGAGUGGCUGAAAAGUUACAGUUGAUGGGGUUAACUGACCUUAUGCAAGAAUCACUAGCUUUACAUGAAAUGGUUAUUUCCAAAGGCGAUCCUGGGGAGACCAUUGAGAAGAUGUCGAUGCUAUUGAAGAAAAUUAAGGAUUUUGUGCAAACGGAAAAUCCCAACUUGGAUGCACCUGCAAGAGAAAAAGAUCUUCCUCCAAGUAGCAGUGCACAGACAUCCACUGAUCACAAAACCCCAGUUACUGAUGAUUUUCGGUGUCCAAUAUCACUUGAAUUAAUGAAGGAUCCAGUCAUUGUUUCGACAGGGCAGACCUAUGAACGUGCUUGCAUCGAAAAGUGGCUGGAAGCAGGGCAUGGAACGUGCCCAAAGACACAACAGACCCUUACAAGUACUGCCCUUACACCUAAUUAUGUGCUCCGUAGUCUCAUAGCCCAGUGGUGCGAGUCAAAUGGGGUUGAACCCCCAAAACGGCCCAGUAGUUCUCGUCCUAGUAAAGCUACAUCAUCAUGCUCUCCGGCUGAGCGCACCAAGAUAGAAAUUCUUCUUCGGAAACUCACAUCUGGAAACCCAGAAGACCAAAGAUCUGCUGCAGGUGAAAUCCGUCUUCUUGCCAAACGCAAUGCAGAUAAUCGUGUGGCCAUUGCCGAAGCUGGUGCUAUACCUCUUCUUGUCGGCCUUCUCUCAACGCCUGACUCUCGAACCCAGGAGCAUGCUGUAACAGCCCUUCUCAAUCUUUCAAUAUGCGAAGAUAACAAAGGAAGUAUCAUUUCUUGUGGAGCUGUUCCGGGUAUUGUUCAUGUGCUUAAGAAAGGGAGUAUGGAAGCUAGGGAAAAUGCUGCAGCCACACUUUUUAGCCUUUCAGUCAUUGAUGAAAAUAAGGUAACAAUCGGUGCCUCAGGGGCCAUUCCGCCACUAGUGACGCUGCUUAGUGAAGGUACACAGAGAGGUAAAAAGGAUGCUGCCACAGCAUUAUUCAACUUGUGCAUUUACCAAGGAAACAAAGGAAAGGCAGUUAGGGCAGGAGUUGUGCCAACAUUGAUGCGGCUAUUGACAGAACCGGGAGGUGGAAUGGUGGACGAGGCACUUGCCAUUCUAGCUAUAUUGGCUAGCCAUCCGGAAGGGAAGUCCGCCAUUGGAGCUGCAGAAGCAGUUCCUGUUUUGGUAGAAGUCAUAGGGAAUGCUUCCCCCCGUAACAGAGAGAAUGCAGCUGCAGUACUGGUGCAUCUUUGUUCUGGAGACCAACAACAUCUAGUGGAGGCUCAGGAACUGGGAGUUAUGAGUGCACUUGUGGAUUUAGCUCACAAUGGCACAGAUAGGGGCAAACGAAAGGCUGUCCAACUGAUUGAGCGAAUUGGCCGGUACGCAGAGCAGCAGAAACAAGCACAUGCGCUGUCUGAGGCUCAAGCUCAAGCUCAGGCCCAAGCUCAGCCACCUCGGCCAUCCUCUGCGGUGCAUGUUGUUGAUAGCUAAUGUUUCUCUUUUGGCUUCUAUUCUGUUUUGUUCAUUAACGGGUCACCUUUGUUUGUAUUUUUUUACAAAUAUUCCACUAGGCAGGAUGGGGAGGUGGAAGAUCACCUGCUCAAUCUGUAAGUUAUUCAUUUGUUUGAGGGCUCAGAGAAAAGAAUAUUACAUAUUCACAAAAGCAAAGCGGAAAAGAAAUGGUGAAGAAGAGAGGAGAGGGAAGGACUGAGAAUUGAGAUGUACCAUUUGUAACAUGUAAUGACUGUAAUCAUCCUCAGUUUUUAUGGAAGUGAUGUUUUACUAGUUCAAAUCAAAACCAUACAAACCCAGCUGUGAUUCUGAGGUAA